AUGGCUACUAAAGAAGAGAUAAUUAACGCAAAGGUUGCUCUUGAUAACAGAUUUUUAGGCCUGCUUUUCCGGCAAAGCGUGGAUCGUGGCCAAGAUCGUUACAAAGAAGUAAUAUCCGAAACUGUUCCUUUUAGGCAGGAAAAUAUUAUUCCACUUCCACCGCGUUUGCGCGAAAUUGUUGAAAGCACUACGCAUGGAAUUCACGUUCUUUUAGGCUGUUUACCUUACAUAAACGCGGUUUAUUUCGUGGUAAAUGACAAUUUAUUCAUUUGGGAAUACGAUAAAGGAAAUAACGAUAAUGCUAUUGCACAUAUCGAUGUACAUCCACUACAAGAUCAGAUCAUAAAAGGUGUAGGACUUGUUAAACCAAAAGCUGGCCGUUUCAUUGAUAAUGCCCAUUAUGUCUUAGUUAUUGCUACGGACAAGGCAAUUUACGUGUUUGGUUUCAGCUCAACUCCUGAUGGGAUAAUUUUUCACGAUAUGUCGUCAGACAGAUAUCGAACAGAUUAUAGCAAGAAAGAGAUUGGCUCCAUAAUCGGUACUGAUGAUGGUCGCAUUUUCCUAAUAGAUGCUGGUGAACUCUGUGAGCUUGUUUAUGAGGAUGAAGGUUGGUUUUCAAAACCAUGUAGACUAGAAAUUCAUUCUCAGAGCUCUAUUAGUCAACAUUUACGAUGGAUCUGGCAAACGUCCUCGGACUACAAAUCUAUCGCAAUUGACGAUACGCGACAUAUGUUAUACGUUAUGUCUGCUUAUCGUAUUGAGGCAUUUUAUAUACAAAAAGAUGCUGCAUUGAGAUUAAUAGGAACAUAUUCAAUUAAUGAUGAUAAAUCGAUGAUGCUUAAAGGACAUUUGGUGUCAAUACAUUCAAUACUGAAUACCGAUUCGCCUUAUUUCUGGCUUCUUGCUGUGACAAAUACGGGGCACCGUGGAUAUUUUACUUGCUAUAUGGGAAAUAGAGGGUAUAAUUGGUGGUUAUACUCAGAAACACCUGCAAUGCUAAAAACAAAAGAACCAAAUGGUUUAUAUAUACUUGAAGUACAUGAUCCACCACCUCAGAAUCAGCAACCCAUGCCUCAACAAACUAGGUUGGAGUAUCAGAAAUUCCGUUAUUCACAUGGUAUCUUCUUUGCACAACGUAGAGAAGGCGGUAUAGAAAUGUUGUCUACCACAAGUCCCAAUUAUGGUCUAAUGUUUAGUAGAUUUAUUCAGAAUCAAGAACCAAUUUUUUCUGAGCAUCAUUAUACUGCACCUCUUCCAAGCAUCUUUGAUAUUCAGGAAGUUUAUGAUCCACUAUAUGACCCCAAAAAAUCAGAUGAAUAUUCAAAUGAAUUGAUAAAUCAGUUCAAUGCUCCAACUCGAAAAUUCAUUUUGUAUACUUUAAACGGAAUUAUAAUUUGGGCAAAACAGCGGCCUGUUGACCACUUGGAAAAUAUGCUUAAAAAAAGUCAUAAUAGAGAGGCAUUAAAGUCCUUUAUUGAAAACUAUGGAACCGAACAGACUACAGCAAUGUGUCUAUUGAUUGCGAAUAAUGAAAGUCACGCGUUUAUGCAAACUUUUGCAGCCUCGUAUAAUACGAUAUAUGAAGGAUUUGCUUUUUGCCUAGCUAGGAUACUUCGUCCUAUUUGGCGUCAAAGAAUUCUCAAACCAAGCCCUAACAAUACCAACCCUGAUAGACGUGAUACGAAUAUUCCUGAGCUAAUACUUAAAAGCAUAGUCUUUAAAUUAACGAAAUUAAAAGAGUUUUGUGAUAGACAUCCGAUGUUCAAGUCGCCUCCGCAAAUGCUCGGUGAUGCUUCAACUGCACAGAGCGCAUCAUUAAGUUCUUUAUACGAUUUGCUUGUUACGCUCUCUGAUGCAAUAGGUUUCAUAUUGCUUAUGAUUGAAUACAAUUUACCAGAAAUUAUAGCAAAUAUUUCCAAGAGUUCACAACAAGUCGUCUUUCAAUCGACUUAUGAAAAAUUGGUUACGGAUCAACAGGUCAGAAGCAGUUGGCAUGAUCUGGUACUCGCGAUAAUUAAAAGAGAAAGCGGACGAGUUGAUAAUCUCAGUCGUAAUCUAGAAUUACGUUGUCCUACUUUUUGUAAUGCGGCAGAAACAAAAAUGUACCAGGGUUAUGAAGCAUUGCAAAGAGCUAAGAAGAAUGAAGACGAACAUACGACCAAAGAAGCAUUACGGAAUUCACUUAACAUAUUUUGUGAGUGUAUCAAUAUUUUGACAUACGGAACUUUAAAUAAUCUAUGUCAAGAUUAUAAGACUUUUGGAUUUUAUGAAGGAGCAAUUGAGCUUUUAUUGAAAGCAGCACAAAGUUUUGACCUAGUACCUGAAAAGCGUAACUCAAUUCUCGAUCUCGUCAUUGAUACUUUACGAGACGCCGGCGUUUUUGCAGAUGGAAUUCAACGUCAUGCGCAUUCGUUUAGCCCGGUUCUUCAGAAGGCACUCAAUUUAGGAACUUCACUAAACGACAGAACCUUCCUUUUCGCUGUCUAUGACGAAUUUUUAGGCGCUGAUUCAAUUCCGCAAUUAUUUCAGCCGCCUGCGCCAUAUCUUGAGGAAUAUUUGAAUUCAUCUACCGAUCUUACGUCACCAAUUACCAGAAAAAAGUUGGAUUUAUACUGUGAUUUCUGUGUUACGCAUCGUCAGUACCUCAAAGCUGCUAAAGUCAAAGAAUAUAUAGCGAAAAACCCUGGAAGUGGCAUUAACCUACAAGAACGGUUACAUUAUUUAAGUCAUGCUGUGGGUCAGGCUGAAAGUGCUAAAGAAUUGAGCGAAACCAGGGAUGUUAUCGAAGCUUUGCAUAAAUACCGUAAUGACCUGGAACUUGCACAAAUUCAAUUUGACAUUUAUAUGGCGAUAUAUAGCAUUCCUGAUAUCGAAUAUAACAACCUGGCAGUAUUAAAAGGGAAGCCGGAUAAAGCAGCAAUGCUUGCACGCCUCGAUCAACAGCUCUAUGACGCACAAACUCUUUUGAAAGAAUUUGUAAUUCCGUUUGGCUUAGUUGAAAGAGAGCUCUCUUUAGUACAUGCCGUAGAAGUUAUACCUAGUCGCGAAGAUAUAAGUCAAAUUUGGAAAAAAAUAAUGCAAAAAGCCACGAAAAAGGCAGGAGAGACUGGAUCGUUACAACCGAUAACUGAAGUUGUAGUAGAAUCCGGGCGAAAAUAUUACCCGCAUGAUCUGCGAGUGUUUCCGAUGGAUACAAUAGUAGGUGAAAUAGCAGAUUAUUUAAUUAAGAGGCGUAUCGAUGAACCCGGUUGUAUUGCAGGGAUUUUGAAGCAGGCGAAUGUUGCGUUUUGUGAUCUAUUUAAUACGUUUAAUACUCUCAUUUCAUUUAGGAGCGCACCAUUCAAUAGUCAAGAAGGAAUCUGCUUAUUGCUAAAAGAGCUUGCGUUUAUUUUAAAUCUAUGGAUGAAGUCUGUUGAGGAACGUUAUGAUAUUGAACCAAGAAGCAUCCACGGAAUGGUAUCAAACUACUUGACAUUAAUAGAUCAUCACUCACUUGGGCAAAGCUUUUCACAUGAAUUUUUAGAAAUUCAAAGAAAACUUGAAACAUUUUCAACAAUCAUGGAAUAUUAA